AUGGGCUGCGUAGAAUCCGUUCCAGUACAAGAAUCCGCUUAUCAACGACCAACUGCUGCUCACCACCAACGCCAACCACAGCGCAAUGGACGUCCGACUACACAACAACGACCACAACAGCAACAACAGAGAACACCCAAGCACAAGCAACAAAACAAUGCCAAGGUACAAUCAAGAGUAAAUGCAGCCAAAAACACACAGCUCAAAGCAAGAGUUGACGCCAAGAAACGAAUAGUCAACGCAAAUGACAGAGUGAAGGCCGCCAAGACGGCACAGAUGCAACAACGAUUGCACGCCAAAAAGAACUCCGCCACUACUCGUGCUGUAAAGCAAGAAAAGAUCCAACGACAGGUUGCAGCCAAACGACAAGCACCCGAGGUUCAAGAAAAGCAACAAGCAUUAAAGGAGGAAAAGAUUGCCGAGUUGGAGGCACAAUUGCCACCCGUGCCACCCACCAACGCUCUCAAACGAGACAUUCGAGAAUAUCAACAACGAGAAGCGACCUUUUCCGAAGAAACCCAACAACAAGACGCGACAACACCAGAAGAUCAGGCACAAUUUCUCAAGCAAGCCGAGGAACUCAUUCCGGCAGAAGUGCGCAUGAUUAGUGGUUGUGAGGAUGGUCAGACCAGUGCAGAUGUCUUGAAUGCAGGCAAUAAUCUGCCCAAUCCACACGGUCGGGGCGGAGGUGCCGCCACUUCGGCCUUGUUGGAGCUCUUGUACGAAAACGAAAAGAAACACUUUUCCUUUCAAGACGCUCUCGAGGCAUUGCGCGAGCGACUCCAAAAACAAGGGCAUUCCCAGGUCCCUCAGUUGACCAGCAGUCGACCACUGGAUCUGGAUGACACUGCCUUUUCUUUUUACGACCCCAGCAAUCCACAAGGACAACGCCGCGCACUGUUGGUGGGCAUCAAUUACCAUGGGCAACAGGGGCAACUACGGGGCUGCAUCAAUGAUGCCAUGCGAAUGAAAGAUUAUCUUGUGAACGUGCAAGGCUUUCCAGAGCAAAACAUCACCCUCCUCACAGACGAUGGAAACGGAGAGCAACCAACCAAGCAAAAGAUGAUUGGAGAGCUAAAACGUCUGACGGAGCUUAGCGACGCUGGUGACAGUGUCUUCUUCCACUACAGUGGGCAUGGAGGUUUCCUAGAAGCUGACCAAAACUCGUUAAAGCAAAACAACGACCAGUUUGACCAAACACUCAUUCCCUUGGAUCACAGAAAGGCGGGACAGAUUCGCGACUUUAAUCUGUUCAAUCACUUUGUCCGCCCAAUGAAGAAGGGUGUCAAGGUCACUUGCCUAAUCGACUCCUGUCACUCUGGCUCUGUCCUGGAUUUGCCCUAUUCUUACAAACCCACCGUGACAGAGGAUGGCAGAAGUGUCUACCGCCAACAAAUGAGCUGGGCUGAUAUGGCCGGGAUGGUUUUCUUGGGCGUCCUAGCUGGUGCCGUCUUGGACGAGUUGCUGUUUGGCCCAGUGUACGAUACGAUCAACGUGACUUGCGGAUAUGAUGUCGGAUACUAUCAUGGCAUGUACGCUGGAGCGCUGGAAGAGGAUCUCAUUGCCCGCCAGAUCGAGUAUGAGGUUGAGCGUGAGAUUGAACUGGAAGUACAGAGGAGGAUUGAUGAUGAAAUAGAAAGACAGGUCGAAUACGAGGUUGAGCGCGAGAUUGAGCGACAGCUUGAAAACGAGAUUGAGAGGGAAAUUGAACGCGAGAUCGAGCGAGAAAUUGAACGCGAGAUUGAAAGGGAGGUUGAAAGGGAAAUUGAACGGGAGAUAGAAAGAGAGAUCGAAAGAGAAAUUCAGCGAGAGAUUGAAAGGGAGGUCCAGAGAGAAAUCGAACUGGAGGUCCAGAGAGAGGUUGAACGAGAGAUACAGCGGGAGAUGGAACGAGAGAUGGAACGAGCGUUGGAAAACGCCAUGUACGAUGACAUGUGGUAAUAGGCUGACGAACAGAUCCAUAAAAAAGUGACAUAAUAGCUACAUGUAGAUGUUGACAUGCACUAUUC